GCGGAGGCCAUGUACCAAACAUCCUCUACUAGUUAUACUUAGUAUCUCCCUCCCUUCAUUCCCUAGUUCUCCGUUUAUAUAUCUCACACAAGAAAUACAGUUCAAUAAUCUGUAUCAUUUCCUGCUGUUCAUCAGUAAUAUAUAUCCUUGAUCAAGAACUACCAUUCACUUGUAACUGUGAUAGAGGAGAAAUGAAGGUUACAACUUUGUAUGAAUGGGGGCAGAGUUUGGAGUAAACCACAGGAACAGCUGUAUGUCGUGAUUAAACACUGAAAGGAAUGGGACUAGGAGACAAUCUCAGCAAGGUUUUAGGGAACAAAUUGUAUUACGCGAAAUGGCUGCAGCGGUUGGAGAGCGGUUACGAAGGGGUCCUCCCCUUGCCUCUAUUGAGUCUUUACUAAGCUUUGAGGCAAAAUCAACUCCCAGGUCUGAGUUUGGGGCCAUGACAGUUGAUAUCCUGGGAGCAGGAGGAGGGUUCAGGUUCCCAGACUGGAUCGGGACGGAUUCUGUGAUAUCCGACGAAGAUUUCCAGAGUUUAUCUGGAGAUAAACAAGCUGAAGAAAUAUUUAAACUUCUUGCGCUUCUCUCCCCCUUCGCAACCGAGAUCUCCAGUAUGAAGAACAGUAUUGAGACUGCCCUGGGCAGGGUUUCAGAGAUAGAUGCCAGGAACAGAUAUUCAGGAUCCUUCAUGUUUAAAAAUAAUUCUACUAAGAAUGAUUACUACGGAUUGCCUGAUAAUAACGAAAUGGAUUCUUUCUGUUUACGGGAACCAGACUCUCCCCAUAGUGGGUCCCCUCUACUUCCAGAAACCCAUGCUCCGGACCCAUUUAUCAUACAGAAAUCAAGACAGCUCAACAGACGUGUCACUCUUAAUGUCGGAGGAGUAAGACACGAGGUAAUGUGGAAUAUGCUAGAGCAGGUUCCUAGAUCCCGGCUUGGUAAGCUGGUUCAAGCCACUACUCAUGAUCAUAUUCUCAGCCUUUGUGACACCUACAGCCUCGUGGAUAAUGAAUACUUCUUCGAUCGACAUCCUCGGUCCUUUAAUUCCAUUCUUAACUUCUACAGGACCGGUAAGCUUCAUGUGAUUGAUGAGAUGUGUGUUCUGGCAUUUAGUGAUGAUCUUGAAUACUGGAUGAUAGAUGAAGUAUUCCUUGAGUCCUGUUGCCAGAACAAAUAUAACACCAGGAAGGAGCAUGUUGUUGAGGAGAUGAAAAAGGAAGCCAACAACAUCAAGAAGGAGGUUGAAGAAAACUUCGGGGACGGAAAGUUUGUAAAAUAUCAGAAAUGUUUAGGUGCAAUGAAUAUUGUGGAUGUGUUGGCUAUCCUACCCUACUAUGUAUCCUUGUUUCUAAUGGGAGAUGAUACUGAGAUCUCAACCAGCCUCACUACAACACCGUCCUCUCUAAUAGAGGACGAGGAGACAGGAACGUCCUUCGAUGAUGUUCGGAGAAUAGUUCAAGUUUUCCGAAUCAUGAGAAUUAUGAGAAUAUUUAAACUUGCUCGACAUUCAACUGGUCUUCAAUCAAUUGCUUUUACUUUAAAAAACUCUUACAAGGAGCUGGGACUUCUUAUGCUCUUCUUGGCCAUGGGAGUUCUUAUCUUCUCUUCACUCUGCUACUUUGCAGAGAAGGAUGAGCACAAAACAAAGUUUACUUCUAUUCCUGCAUCCUUCUGGUGGGCUAUUAUCACUAUGACUACAGUAGGAUACGGAGACCUAUUCCCAACAACUGGUUUAGGCAAGCUAAUAGGAACAUGUUGUGCAAUAUCAGGGGUGCUGGUGAUGGCACUUCCUAUUCCUAUUAUUGUAAACAAUUUCGCCGAGUUCUACAAUGAUCAGAUGAAGAGAGAGAAGGCCGUGAAGAGGAAGGAGGCCCUGGAGCAGGCUAGAAGAGACGAGGAGGAGGCCAGGUUAGCGGAGGUUGAAGGAUUGGUUGAUCUCCUGCAGCGAGAACCCGGACCGUUUAAAUCUCCUCCGCUCUCUCCUCCUGACGGUUUAACUAUCCGGAAUGCAAACAGACCAAGAGAAAACAGUGUCUUCAGUCCUAUCCGUUCCCCGCAGCUUCAUGAGAGACAUAGUCUCAGAUAAAUAUUGCAUAAAUCAGAAACUAAAGCAUAAAUUUUCAAAAAUAACUGUUUUUGAUAUUUAAACUGUUUACCAUUACCUGUAUUAUACUAAUAAACGAUUUAAU